UUUUUUCACAGAACGCUGUACAAAUCCAAAACAAUCUUAUCAGUCGAGAUAACGUGAUUAUCUGUACCAACUUACUCACCUCAUUUUGUUCCAUAGCAGGUGCUUUGUGCCUAACAGAAAUAUUUGUGACUUUUCAAAGUUGACUGAAGAUAAACUUGUGCCAAAAUGACUAGUAUGGAAACAGUGGGUACCCUUUUCAUAAAACUGCUGAAAUUGGUGACAACUUCACAGAUAUCCUGAUGAAUAUAAUUGGUCUUUUGCUGUGGGUAGCAGUAGGAGCAACUGCUAUCCACUAUUGGCACGGUUAUUUGGCCGAACAUAAAUAUACCCACGUCGACUCGGAGAGAUCGGUUGGAUUGGCCAUGGGGUCCCUUUGCGUCCUGAAUGGUGCAGCAUAUUUGAUAGAUUCAGUGCUAUCGAUAAUAUUCUUGGUUAAAACAAAAAUGAAUUGAGAUCAUUCACUAACCUGAUAUACAUAUAGGAUAAUACUUUUCUUGAGUUUUUUAUGUAUAAUAAAAUUACGACAUGACAUGUUCUGAUGAUAAUACAUUAAAUCCUUCAAGAGAUAGAUAUCACCAGAUACCAAGCACAGCAUGCUGAAAUACAUUCUUUCAUUCAUAUAGAAUUCUUUAAUCAUUUUUGAGUAGUUGGGAAAAACCGAAUUUGUAUUAGUAUUCAUUGUAACUUAUAUUUUAGUGUAUGUGUCCGUUUGUAAUGGAAUAAAUUAAUGAAAAUGUAUCGAUUUCAAUUUAAUCAUGAGUAUAAUUGAACACAAUAAAGAGGAACCUCAGGGAAGUUACUGAAAUAAUCGUUUUAUACUUUAAAAUAAAUAUUCUUCAGAAUA